AUGGAAGGAGUUGAGCAAAAUCAAUCGACGAUUUCCUUUUCCUCCUUUGAUGGUCAGGAUAUAGUAGCAGAGCUGGUAGAGAGAUCGUUUUCCUCACGAAAUAUUAGUGAGCUGAAACAAAUAGCUCGCAUGUCAAGGCCGAUACCGAAGCUUGCACUAAAGACGAAUGAUAGGAGCUUUCAAGAAAGUUGGUAUUCGAACAAGGACUGGCUGUGUGGUAGUGUGAGGAAGAAUAGAUUGUUUUGCUGGCCAUGUCUUUUGUUUCAUUCUUCCCCUAGAAAGUCUCCAUGGGCUUCAACAGGCUAUCAUAACAUGCAUAGUUUUAGUGGUGACAGCAUAAAACUCGAGAAAACAAAAUCUCACAUGGAGGCAUACAAACAGUGGAGGUUAUUUGAUUCGAGGGAGAGUGUUGAUGUUUUGUUUUCGAGAGCUCGGCGAGAAGCAGUAGAGAGGCACAAUGAGGAGGGUAAUUAUAGAGAAUUACUAAAAUGCUUUGGAAAAUUGGAUUCUGUUUUUGACCGUCGUUUGCAAGGUAGACUGCAAGGUACAGAGAGAGUGGAUGAAGGUGGAGUUUUUACUGGGGUUUCAGCUGAUGUCCAAAAUGAUUUAAUUGAGUGUAUUGACUCAGUCAUUCAGGAUCAGAUUGAUGAUGAAAUGAAAGAGUGUCAGUUUUUUGGCAUUCAAGUUGAUGAAACAACUGAUGUUACAGCAAAAGCACAACUCAGUGCCAUUAUUCGACUAGAUAAAGGGAGUGAAAUUGUGGAAAGAUUUUUAAAAUUUAGAAAUGUUAGUACCAACCGAAGUGCACAAGGUAUUAGUGAUAUAGUUAAAGGCAUCUUAGAGAGAUAUGGAGAAGCUGUAAUACCUAAAUUAGUGAUGCAGACUUAUGAUGGGGCAUCUGUGAUGAGUGGUCAUCUAAAUGGUUUACAGGCCCUAUGCUUAUUUUUUCAUUGUGCAGCACAUAGGCUUAAUUUGGUUUUAUGUCAAUCUGCUUUGAAAAUUAAGGAGGUGAAAAUAUUUUUUGCUAAUGUUUCUGCAUUUUCCACCUUUACAAAUUCCAGUCCUGAAAGAAAAUCCCAUUUGAAAUCUCAUGGGGUUGAUAUACCUGCUCCAGGGGAAACUAGGUGGUAUUUCAAAUCUCGAGCUGUGUCUGCUAUUUUUAAUAAUUAUGAUACACUAGUGAAAGCCUUUACAGAGAUAAGUGAAAAUCCUUGGAAAUGGACUGAUGAAACAAGUACACGUACUGAUGGCCUCCUCCACUACCUUGAAUCAUUUCUUUUUUGUUUCCUUUUACUACUUUACUACCAAAUCUUGGAGAGAUCAGCCAUUUUAUAUGAUAUUCUACAAAAUAGGUCUACUGAUUAUGCAUUUGGCAUGAGAAAAAUUGAAGAAUUUGGUAAUUUUCUAAUUUCCCUCCGCAAUGAAACAGCUUUUGAAAUUUGUUAUUAUGCAACUGAAAGUAAAACUGGUCCUCCAUCUCGAAAAUCUGAGACAAAUAUAAAUUUUAAACAGCUCUAUUACGAAGUCAUUGAUUGUGUAACAAAUAUGCUUAAGGAAUGA